ACUCGGACCCGACAUUAGUGUUAACUGUCAAGGACCCUUCAUGAACCCAUUUUAUGUUUUAAGUGCAUCUAUAUUUGAGACCAUACGCUUAAACAUACACUUCCUGAAGGAUUUAAUUACAUUUAAGGACAUAGAUGUGUGGGGGCUUUAGUACUAUAACUCAAGUAGAUUUUUGGGUGUUGUAUUUUUGACUGUAAUAUAAAAAGCUAUUUCACUGAAGGGAAGCUGUAAGAUCACCUUUUCAUCUUUGACAACAAACGCAAAUGCACGGACAGCUAAAGCAACCCGGAAGCCCAGGCGAAGGACUCUUGGUUGAUUCUCAAAUGACUCCCUAGUGUACACAUAGUGCACUAGAUAGGACGUAGAAGCCCAUAAUUCACAACCUACGUAGUGCACUUCGGUAGGAAGUUAGGAGCGGUUUGGAGUUCAGUCACUGGUUUGUGGGAGUUUGGCUCUACUGUGUGUUUUAUGGCUUUUAUACACAUCUGGGAAGCAAAAAUAGAUGUAACCGAGCAAAUAUAUUUUAUUUAUAUAUAUAUAAGUCGCUGUUGUUGUUUGUGUUAAAAAGCUACAGAUGAUAUCCAUAUCCAUGUACUAGCUGGGUAAUUCGCUGGAUGAGUGUUUUCUUCCCAGCAGAAAUGGCAGACGAGGCUCUUUUUCAGUUCCUCCAUAAUGAACUUAUACAGUAUGUCAACAACGCAGAAAGCGGAGAAAAUGAAAAUGGACGGUGUGUUUCUAAGCUUGAGAACAUGGGAUUUCGUGUGGGACAAGGUCUCAUUGAAAGGUUCACCAAAGACACAGCACGUUUUAAAGAUGAACUCGACGUCAUGAAAUUCAUCUGCAAAGAUUUCUGGACCUGUGUGUUUAAGAAGCAGAUUGAUAAUCUGAGAACAAACCACCAAGGCAUUUACGUACUACAGGAUAACAAGUUUCGGUUAUUGAACCAACUGUCUGCUGGUAAACAGUAUCUGGAACAUGCACCAAAGUAUUUGGCGUUUACCUGCGGUCUGGUGAGAGGAGGGCUCUACAACCUCGGUGUAAAGAGCAUCGUCACAGCUGAGGUGUCCGUCAUGCCUGCUUGUAAAUUCCAGGUGAUGAUCCAGAAGAUGUAAAACACUGAACAUAAGAACAAAUUCCUUAUAAUAUAUACACAUCAGUCAUCGUUUUGUUGACUUUUGAUUUUAUUGUACUAUUUUUUUUUUUUUUUCAUUGAAGCUUGUCAUUGGUUCCUUGCACGCAAUUUACAUCAUGUUAAGGUCAAGCCUUGUUGUAAUGUGUUCAUUUGUACCAUAACCCUGAUUUAUUACUAGUUUUACACUUUAUGUACUAAAACAAAUUUGCACAAGUUAUCAUUAAAAUGUGUUGCGUUGGA